ACUGCGCAAGUGCGGAUUCAUCUUUGUUUCCGGCGUGGGUCCCGGCGAGUUUAGGUCGCUCGUGGGAGUGCCUUUCGGUUUACUGGUUGGGGCUCGUGGCUGUGCAGGCACAGCAGCUACACAGAAGAGAUGGGAGAGGAGGCCAAUGAUGACAAGAAGCCAACAACUAAAUUUGAACUAGAGCGAGAAACAGAACUUCGCUUUGAGGUGGAGGCAUCUCAGUCAGUUCAGCUGGAGCUGCUGACUGGCAUGGCAGAAAUCUUUGGCACAGAGCUGACCCGAAACAAGAAGUUCACCUUUGAUGCUGGUGCCAAGGUGGCUGUUUUCACUUGGCAUGGUUGUUCUCUGCAGCUGAGUGGCCGCACUGAGGUGGCAUAUGUCUCCAAGGACACGCCUAUGUUGCUUUACCUCAACACUCAUACAGCCUUGGAGCAGAUGAGGAGGCAGGCGGAGAAGGAAGAAGAGCGAGGCCCCCGGGUGAUGGUAGUGGGCCCCACUGAUGUGGGCAAGUCCACAGUGUGCCGUCUGCUGCUCAACUACGCAGUGCGUUUGGGCCGCCGUCCCACUUACGUGGAGCUGGAUGUGGGCCAGGGCUCUGUUUCUAUCCCUGGCACCAUGGGAGCUCUCUACAUUGAGCGGCCCGCAGAUGUUGAAGAGGGAUUCUCUAUCCAGGCCCCUCUGGUGUAUCAUUUUGGCUCCACCACUCCUGGCACCAACAUCAAGCUUUAUAAUAAGAUUACAUCUCGUUUAGCAGAUGUGUUCAACCAAAGAUGUGAAGUGAACCGAAGGGCCUCUGUAAGUGGCUGUGUCAUUAACACCUGUGGCUGGGUGAAGGGCUCUGGUUACCAGGCCCUGGUGCAUGCAGCCUCAGCCUUUGAGGUGGACGUGGUUGUGGUUCUGGAUCAAGAACGACUGUACAAUGAACUGAAACGGGACCUGCCUCACUUUGUACGCACUGUGCUGCUCCCUAAAUCGGGGGGUGUGGUUGAGCGCUCUAAGGACUUCCGGCGGGAAUGUAGGGAUGAGCGUAUCCGUGAGUAUUUCUAUGGAUUCCGGGGCUGUUUCUAUCCCCAUGCCUUCAAUGUCAAGUUUUCAGAUGUGAAAAUCUACAAAGUUGGGGCACCCACGAUCCCAGACUCCUGUUUGCCUUUGGGCAUGUCCCAGGAGGACAAUCAGCUCAAGCUAGUACCUGUCACCCCUGGCCGAGACAUGGUGCACCACCUCCUGAGUGUUAGCACUGCUGAGGGCACAGAGGAGAACCUUUCCGAGACCAGUGUGGCUGGCUUCAUCGUGGUGACCAGUGUGGACCUGGAGCAUCAGGUGUUUACUGUUCUCUCUCCAGCCCCCCGCCCACUGCCUAAGAACUUCCUUCUUAUCAUGGAUAUCCGGUUCAUGGAUCUGAAAUAGAUCAGCAGGAAGCCUUGCUGCCUGGGGCCUGGAGAUCUGGCUAUCACCAAAGGCAGAUGGGCUGAGGUAUGGAGAAUCUGUUGAGACCAGGCUGAGAAGUAAAUUGUGACUAGUGGAAAGCUUAUAUUCUACCUCUAAAAACAGGUGGUGGUAACCCACUUCUUAAUCUUGAACCAAAAGGAAAACUGGGGGAAUAUAAUUGGUUUCUUAGAUCUCCUAAGGUGCCGCUUUGAAUCCUCGAAAGCCCUGGAGAAUUUCGUAUCUUUCACUGUUUUUAUCAAUGUUUUAUAUUUUGUAUAUAGUACUUGUUAUCCCAUUUUUCCAGAAUGAAAGAGUGUGUUAAAAGGCCUCCUUACAAUAAAGUUCAAACUUGGGAAAAAAUUAUUUUAAUAUUUUUGCCAUAUCA